AUGGCUGCUUUCGUCGAAGCAAUCGGAGUUAUCUCUGGUCUCCUGGGCAUCGUCUCCUUUGCCCAGGACAACUUCGGUUCCGGUGAGACUUCCGGAUCGACUUACAAGUUCGCCGUUGCUCUCGAUGGUCCCGGAGGAACCACCAAUGCUGGCGGUGAUCUUCCCGAUGUUCGCGUCUGGAACGAUGUUGGAAAAUUCGUCGGUAUGAGCGUCGACCCCGGCAAGGUCAAAAAUGGCAACCUGGGGGAGUACUCGGUUGACCACGAGAAUCAGGGAGUCUAUUCGCUCUUCUCGGCCAACGAUGACGCGAUCUGCGUUGCUUGGGUGACCACUACCUGGAGCGACGACCGCGGCGGUAACCAGUAUGCCGUGUCUGGCGACUACGGCGAGGCGUGCGGUGGCGUCUGGUUCGAGAGCCACAUGUACCCCAAUGCCGACGAGGAGUACCAGCCCAAGUGCUUCUGGAUCGAUGCCAACGGCGACCAGCCCCAGACAGGCUUUCAGGUGCGCUGGCCCGCCUUCUCCAAGGACUCGUUCGACGAAAACGACACCGACCCCCAUCGCCUGUGCAACGGCAUUGAUUUUGGCCUUCGCGAGGAGGAAGACCCCAACUCCAUCACCUACCGCACGUCGAAAGAUCGUAGAAACAAGCUCCGUGUCCGCCAGCCCCCCCGUCGUCCUGCCUGGGCUGACUCCGAGAUCGUCAUCAGCGAUGCGAAGCAGCACUCUGCCAAGCGGUUGUGUCAGUCCGACACCUCAAUGGGUCCUGAUUUCGCGCACACCGGCGAGGAACUAUUCUGCGACAUGGAUACUAAGACGCUCUACGCAUUCUGCCAGGUCCAUGACACCGAGACCUGCUUCGACCUCGACUCGCAGAGCUUGUUGACUCCGAAACACACACAGAGCAACAGCACCAUGGGCGGUAACUUGAGACUUGCGACUGUCCACGCCGCUCAUCUCGCUGCAGCCCCCGCGAGUGCCUCGAAGAGCAAGUACUCGAGCACUCGCGACUGGCGCAGCACCAGCAAGAAGGCCUAG